AUGUCCACCUCAUACCACGACUCACCACACCCUUACCAUUACUCCCCAUAUCUCUUUCCACAACAGAAAGAUCACUCUUCCUUCAUAAAGUCUAGACUAUCCGAGAGCCCCGUAUCUACAGACCAAUCUUCUGAUACCUCCUCCGUCGAACACCCAUCUCGUGAUAAUUCACAUAGAGCAUCUCGUUUCACUAUCGCACACCCAUACGCACGCCUUUACGCAAAGAAGGACGGUUCCAAGCGACGAAAAAUAUGGAACCAUGUCCUUGAGAAACAACUCUUUUCUCCUCAGGAAUUGUCAACAAUGGGCGCACCACACAGGCGCACCAUUUACAUCGCCUCUCUCGAGGCGCACAUCGAUCGGUUACACAACCAGCUGCUCGGGAUCGGCCUUUACCCAAUCCCAUUUCAACGCCUCGAGCCAUACCGGGGCCUCAAUUCAAAGACGGCCAAGAGUAUGGUAGCUGGAUUACAGCACGAUGCUACCCACACAAAGCUCAAGUUGCUAGAACUGGAACGUUCGAAUAAUAAUCUGCACAAGCUGCUCGGCACCCAGGCAACUUCAACUUCCUCCAUUUCUCUUGAAGCAGAUGUACGCCGUCACUCUAUGGAUUCACCCGGAAUGGCCUUAAAUGCAAGGACCGCCAUCAAUUCCACAGGCCCGAUGAUCAUGGAUUCCCUUGCCUAUUCGGCAAGAUCAUAG